AUGUCAAAAAGACAAUCCUCCCUCUCACGGUUCUUUAAACCUGCCAAAAGAACUACAACCGGAGACCAAAAGAGUGGAGAAAAUAAAGUUGAUGAAAAAGGAGAUGAAAACAAAAAAGAACAAGAGUCCACUGAAGAAAAAAAUCAAAAUUUACAGAUAAAAGAAGAUGGUAAUUCUUUUGUUGAACAGAAAGUAAAAACUUUACCGUUCAAAGGUUUGGCUGAUUGUUUUGAUGCUUUAGAAAAUGAAACUGGAAAGUUAAAGAAAAGAGAGAUUUAUGCCAAUUAUCUUAAAACAGUAAUAGCCAUAUGUCCUAACGAUUUGACUGAUGUCUUAAAUUUAACUACUGGGCAAAUUGCUCCCACCUGGGAAGGAAAAGAAUUAGGAAUUGGAGACGCUAUUUUAAAAGAUGUUGUAAAAGGUGUCACUGGACUAAAACUGAGUCAGUUAAAUGAUAAAAUAAGAGAAUUAGGUGAUAUUGGAAUUGUAGCUCAAAACUCAAAGAAGAAUCAAAAGUUAUUAGUUCAACCAAAGCCACUUACAAUUCAAGGAGUUGUACUUCGUAUGAAAGAGAUUCUUGAAGCUGAUAAUAGCGAUGUUAAAAAGAAUAAAAUUACUGCAUUAUUAGUUGCAGCUAUAGGAAAUGAAAUUCGUUUUAUUUUGAGAAUACUUAAGGGAGUUUUUAGAAUUGGUUUUACUGAUAGAUCUUUACCUCCUGCAAUAGCACAAGCAGUUUGUUCAAUAAGAAAAGAAAAUAAUAGAAUAGAAGAAUUAACUGAAUUAAUUACAAACGCUGUUGCUCGUGUUCCAUCAUUUCAGUAUUUAUCUGAACAUAUAACAGCAAAUGAUCCCUUUGAAGAAUUUGCUAAAACAAAUGCAGUUCAAUUAUUUAUUCCAUUUAGACCAAUGUUAGCUAAACCUAAGAAAAGUGUAACUGAUAUUACUUCUAGAUUCAAAUUUCCAUUUACGGCUGAAUAUAAGUAUGAUGGUGAACGUGGUCAAAUUCAUUUUAAUAAAAAUAAAGUUAUGGUUUUUACAAGAAACCUUGAAAAUUAUACUGAAAAAUAUCCUGAUGUUAUUGAGGCAGUAAAAGAAGCAGUUAAUUCAAAUGUUCAAUCAUUUAUUAUAGAUUGUGAGAUUGUUGCUUUUAAUAGAGAAACAAAUGAAUUCCAAGAAUUUCAAAUUCUUGGAAGAAGAGCAAAAAAAGGAGUGUCAGUUCAUUCUAUUGCCAUUAAUGUGUGUGUAAAUGUUUUUGACAUUGUUUAUUUAAAUGGCAAAGAUUUAAUGGAUAAACCAUUAAAAGAACGUCGUGAUAUUUUACAUUCAACAUUUCAUGAAGUUUCACAGAGAUUCUUGUUUGCAAGAUUUAAGAAUAUUGAAAAUGAGGAAGACAUUUUACCAUUUUUUGAAGAGGCCAUAAAUCAUAGAACAGAAGGAUUGAUGUGUAAAACUCUUGUCUAUGAUGCAGAAUAUAUUCCUGACAAAAGGACUGAUACAUGGUAUAAAUUAAAAAAAGAUUACUUAAAUGGAUUAGCUGAUACUGUUGAUCUUGUUCCAGUUGGGGCUUGGAUGGGAGAAGGAAAACGAGCUGGAGUAUAUGGGGCAUUCUUAUUGGCAUGUAGAGAUGAAGACAGUGGAGAUUUUGAGACAGUUACAAAAGUUGGGACUGGGUUUAGUGAUGAAGCUUUACAAAAGUUGUAUGAACAUUUGAAAACUCUAGAAUGUAAAGAAAAAAAGAAUGUAAAACAUGGAGAUAAUCUUCCUGAUGUCUGGUUUGAACCAAAAGAUGUAUGGGAAAUUAAAGGAGCUGAUUUAUCAUUAUCACUGCAAUAUAGGGCUGGUAUAAAAUUGGUUAAUACAGAAGGAAGAGGAGUUUGUCUAAGAUUUCCAAGAUAUAUCAGAACUAGAGAUGAUAAGGAAGUAAAUGAUAUCACAACAAAUAAACAAAUUUAUGAUUUGUAUAAAGAACAACCAUCAGUCAGAGAGACAAAAGAUGGGCAAAUGAAAAUUAUAAAUAACGAAAAUGAAGAAGAAUCACAAGAGUCUGAAGAAAAGGAGUGA